AUGGAAUCAUGUGGAAGAUCCUUUUACGAUGAGGAAAGGAAUUUAAGCUCCAAUAAUCAAACUGUUCACGUUAAGAUGGAACCAUAUGAACCUUUUUACGGCGAGGAAAGAAAUUUAGACGAUAAUAAUCAAACCGUUCACGUUAAGAUGCAAUCAUAUGAACCUUUUUAUGGAAAUGAAAGAAAUAAUAAUUCUGUUCACAUUAAGAUGGAACCAUAUGAACCUUUUUACGGAGCAGAAAGAAACUUAACGUUAAGGGAUAAUAACCAAACUGUUAACAUCAAGGUGGAACCAUACGAACCUAUUUCCAACGAAAGAUAUUUAAGCGAUAAUUAUCGAGCUAAAAUUGAUUUAACUAAGCAAAAAGAAUUUCAAGACAGUUUAGAAGAGUUUUUACGUUAUGAUGAAAUCAUUGGAGUUGAAAUGGAGCCAUACGGAUCUUUUCACAAUGUCAACGUAGAUAGCACUGAAAAGGAGUUACGUGAAUUUUUUAACAAUGAGGAAUAUUUAAGUGAUGAUAGUUAUGAAUCUUCUAAUGGCAAUGGUGAAUACUAUAAGAUUUUUAACGAAAAUUUGAGAGACGGCGCGACUGUUAAUAUUAAAUCACACAAACUAAUUAGAAGUGAGGAAUUAAAUAUUGACGAUAGCAUUUUAUCUUAUGUUAAUGUUGAAAGCAGUGAUAAUUGCGCAGAUUUUGUAGACAAGCAAAUGAAGGAAUAUAAUUUACCUGAUUAUAAUAGCGGUAAUGCAUAUUCAGGUUUUGAAGGCAAUAAUAAUAUUGCCAAUAAAAUGAUGGACAAUUUUGAAAUCAAUCACCACUUUUGGAAUUAUGUACCAUUCUUUGAUAUAUAUUCUACGGCUUCACGACAAUCUUCAAAAAGGAAAUUUGAAAAUGAUAUUUAUGAAGAACAAUAUAGUAGGGAUUUAUUAUCUACAACUAAACAACAUGCAUAUAGGACAUCACUGAAUGAAACAACAGGAGAGAGUUCACAAAAAAGAUGUCGGUUAGCAUACCGCAUGAACGAAAGACCAUACAAAUGUAAUUGCGGAAAAUUAUUUAGAAAGUCUGCAAGUUUAAACAGACAUCAAAACUUAAUUCAUCAUAAACAUUAA